AUGAGGGGAAGGGUGGAAGGUGGGCAAAAGGGGAGGCUAGUCCCUAUCAUACUAGUUAUAGUCAUUGUUGGUCUGAUAUACCUCUAUUCACGAAGUCAUGGCAAGUCUGCGGUAGAGUUGGGCAGCAAAUCACUAAAAAGGUUGGGAACUUCACUUAGUGGUGAAGAGGAAGCGGAUUCUUCUUCGCUUAUUGAGGAGGAAGAGAACAGUUUUGUGCUGAAGAGUAUUCCUGUUUGUGAUGAUCGACAUUCCGAGCUUAUUCCUUGCCUAGAUAGGCAUUUUAUUUAUCAAACAAGGUUGAAGCUCGAUUUGACAUUGAUGGAGCACUAUGAACGACAUUGCCCUCCUCCUGAAAAACGUUACAAUUGCUUAAUUCCUCCACCACGAGGCUACAAGGUACCUAUUAAAUGGCCAAGAAGUAGAGAUGAAGUAUGGAAAGCUAACAUCCCUCACACUCAUCUUGCAACAGAGAAAUCUGACCAGAAUUGGAUGGUUGUCAGAGGAGAAAAGAUUGCAUUCCCUGGAGGAGGAACCCACUUCCAUUAUGGUGCUGAUAAGUACAUCAGGGCAAUGGCUAAUAUGCUUGAAUUCCCGAAUGAUAUUAUAAACAACGAAGGAAAGUUACGGACAGUGUUAGAUGUUGGCUGCGGGGUUGCAAGUUUUGGCGGGUACCUACUGAAGUAUGAUGUCAUUACAAUGUCAUUAGCUCCAAAUGAUGUGCACGAGAACCAGAUUCAAUUUGCUUUGGAAAGAGGGCUUCCGGCUUUUCUUGGUGUCUUAGGAACAAAAAGACUUCCUUACCCCAGUAGAUCUUUCGAGCUUGCACAUUGCUCCCGUUGUAGAAUUGACUGGCUUCAGAGAAAUGGCAUCCUGCUUCUCGAGUUGGAUAGGGUGCUUAGACCAGGAGGGUAUUUUGCUUACUCAUCCCCUGAAGCUUAUGCACAAGAUGAAGAGGAUCUUAGAAUAUGGAGAGAAAUGAGUGCCUUUGUCGAGAAGAUGUGCUGGAAAAUAGCUGCUAAGAAGAACCAAACUGUUGUUUGGGUAAAGCCUCUAACAAAUGAUUGCUACAUGGAAAGAAAUCCUGGUACUCAGCCUCCUCUCUGCAGAACAGACGAUGAUCCAGACGUCACUUGGGGUGUUCCCAUGGAAGCUUGCAUUACACUUUACUCUGAACAUGAUCAUAAAGCAAGUGGAAGUGAAUUGGCUGCUUGGCCAAAUCGAGUGAAUGCUCCAUCACCUCGUUUGGCUGACUUGGGAUUGUCCCCUGAAUUGUUUGAGAAGGACACGGACAUCUGGCGUAGAAGAGUUCAAGGUUACUGGAACUUGUUGGGUCCAAAAAUCAGGCCUGAUACAUUGAGAAAUGUAAUGGACAUGAAAGCAAACCUAGGUUCUUUUGCAGCUGCUCUUAAGGAUAAACCUUUGUGGGUGAUGAAUGUAGUCGGCGAAGACGGGCCUAACACCCUAAAGAUAGUUUUUGAUCGAGGCUUGAUAGGUGCAUAUCACAGUUGGUGUGAAUCUUUCUCAACUUAUCCUCGAACUUAUGAUCUACUACACGCUUGGACCGUCAUUUCCGAUGUUGAAAAGAAAGGUUGUAGUAUUGAGGAUCUACUAAUUGAGAUGGACCGUAUCGUCAGGCCCCAAGGUUUUAUCAUUGUCCGAGAUAAGAGGUCCUUGGUCGAGUACAUCAUGAAGCAUCUACCAGCAUUGCACUGGGAGUCUGUUGGAACAGGUGGUUCUGUCCCAGACUCGGAUGAAGAAGAGGCCAUGACAGUCCUGGUUAUCCAAAAAAAGCUUUGGCAUACGACUGAGAGUGUUGGAGAUUCAGAUUAA